UGAAAAAAAAAAAUUUAGUAUAUGUUAUUCCCCUUUAUUUGAAAAAAAAAAUUAAUCGGAUGGACCUUGUUGUCUACUAGAUAUAAUUUGUUUGGAUUGUGGCAUUUUUAUCUGCGCUGAAAUCUUAAUUGUUUUUCAAGAAGGAAAAAAGGAUCUGGAAGUUGAUCGACAACACUACCAUCUUGUUCUAAUUGAUGCGAUCGGAUGUUUUGAUUUGGUCUUAAGGUUCCUAUUUGUACCCGUGGAUAGGCAUUGCAAGGUUGAGGGAUCCCCCGACGACGGUCGCCAUGUUGAGGCAGGUAUCCAAUAGGAACCAGAGGGGAAAAGGGAGUCAUAAGAUGAAGACUGUUCUUCACAUGUGUCUUUUGAUUGCCAUCUGCGUCUGGUUGCUCUGUCGAAUGAAUCACUCCCAUGACAAGAAGGAAACAUUUGUAGAGAGGAGGGAGAAGGGUGACGAGAGGUGGUUCAACAUUAGAAGAUUUGGGAGGGAGGAUCUGCCUCACAUAGCUGAAGUAGUGGACAGGGGUGAGAACAAGGGUGUCGAUGAGGUGAAAAAAGAUUCUAUUGCAGUAGGACAUGGAAUUAGGCAGGAAGAAGUCAUGGAUGAAGGUGGAUCUGAUGUGGAACUUGAGGAUGAAGAAGAAGCUGGCCUUGAAGAAGAAAAGGAGGAUCAAUCAAAGGAAUGGGAUGGGAUUGAUGACCAUGAACACAAUGAGGCAGUUCAUAAGGCUCGUGAAAUAAGUUUCAAAGGAGACGAUUUGUCCAGUGAAGUAGUCCAUACCAUUCAAGAAGUGGACCAUAAAGAAGCAUCUCAGGCAGCACAAGAAAGAAGUUUUAAGGCCGAUGAUGCUUCUAGUGCUGUAGCUCAUGUGGUCCAAGCGAUUGAAUUUGAACCUGAAUUUGAAAAUGAAGCAAUGAAGAACCUUGACAGAAAUAAGUCAGAUGAUAAGAAGAGGAAAGGAGAGACUGGAGACGUGCCUGAAGGAAACCAAAGAUAUGAAUCUAAAAAUGGAGCAGUGGAGAAACUUGGUGAGAAUGAUCCCCAUGGUAAGGAGAACAAAGAGGAGGCUCAGCAUGUGCUAAAAGAAAAGCUAGAUUCUGAAUCUGAACGCCGAGCAAAAAAGAACAUUGACAAAAAUGAAUCAGAUGUUAGAAAGGAAGAAAAUUCAUUUGCCUCCAUGCUACAAGACAAUACCAGAGGGAACAAUUCAAGUAUUAAUCACCAAGGAAGUUUGACUGCAAAUAAUGCUACAUUUGCCAGUAGAUCUGAAACUCCAAUCCUAGACAAGAUGUCUCUCCAAGAUAUGACUGUAGUUGAAUCCAAAAAUGAAGGUCAACAACCUGAUAUGAGAAUUUCAAGCGACGUCCACAAUCAAACCAGCAAAGAGACACAAUUGUCAACAGAUGCAGGCGAAUUGCUAGCAAAUUCCUCAUAUUUUUUGAAUCAUAAGAUCUAUUUUCAGAAGAACUCUACUACUGUAUACAUAGAGUUGGUUGAAUCUCCAGUUAACCUGAUAAUGAAACCGGAUCCAGCAAAUUCCACAGUUUCUCAAAAUCAAACAACUAUUGUUCAUGAAGAAAUGAAUAAAACAAAGAUGCAAUCUCAAGGCAAGGAAAAGCCUAAGUUGAAGAAUGAACUGACGGAGCAGAAGAUUGAGGCAGUAUCCAUACCAUUGGAAUCAAAGGAGCCCCACAACAAUUCAUCAUCUGGAAAUGGUAACGGAGAAGUUGUUCAAUUGGAAAAGACUUGUAGAUAG